AUGAGCUCGGUCGCUGGCCCCGCCGCCUUACCCCCGGGCUCGGCCACCCGGGCCUUGCAUGUGGAGCUGCCCUCGCAGCAGCGCCGGCUUCGUCACCUCCGGAACAUCGCAGCACGGAACAUUAUCAAUAGGAAUGGUUAUCGCCUCUUGGACACCUACUUCACUCUUCACUUGUGUGAUAACACUAAGAUCUACAAAGAAUUUUAUAAGAGUGAGGUGAUCAAGAAUUCUCUGAAUCCAACAUGGAGGAGUCUGGACUUCGGACUGAUGCCUGAUCGUCUUGAUACCUCUGUCUCUUGUUUUGUUGUGAGGAUCUGGGGUGGCAAGAAGGAGCACUUUCAGCUUCUGAUUGAAUGGAAGGUCAAUCUAGAUGGGUUGAAGUACUUGGGUCAACAGAUACAUGCAAGAAACCCAAAUGAGAUUAUUUUUGGUCUGAAUGAUGGUUAUUAUGGAGCUUCAUUUGAACAGAAGGAUCACUCAGGUACCCUGAAGAAUAGUCUUCUCCAGGUGGAUCAGAACUGCGUCCGUAACUCGUACGAUGUCUUCUCUUUGCUUAGGCUUCACAGAGCCCAGUGUGCAAUUAAACAGACUCAGGUAACUGUUCAGAAAAUAGGAAGGGAGAUUGAAGAAAAGCUGAGGUGUACAUCUACGAGCAACGAGCUGAAAAAGGAGAGUGAAUGUUUACAGCUGAAGAUCCUGGUGCUACGUAACGAACUGGAGAGGCAGAAGAAAGCCUUUGGUCAGGAAGUGGCCUCGUUGCACAAGGAGAAAAGUACUUUGCAGGAGAGAGGUGAUGCAUUUGGGACUGAACACCAGAAACUUGAAGAGCAUAAUGAAUCCCUUCAUGAGCUGAGAAAGGAAUGUACUGCUAAGAGAGAACUGUUUUUGAAGACCAAUGCCCAGCAGACUAUUCGCUGCAAGCAGCUGCUGUCAGAGCUAUCCUACAUCUACCCUAUUGACCUGAAUGAACAAAAGGAUUACUUUGUUUGUGGAGUCAAGCUUCCUAAUUCUGAAGACUUUCAAGCAAAAGAUGAUGGAAGCAUUGCUGUUGCCCUGGGCUACACUGCUCACUUGGUUUCAAUGAUCUCCUUCUUCCUGCAAGUGCCACUCAGGUAUCCCAUCAUCCACAAGGGCUCCCGCUCUACCAUCAAGGAUAACAUCAACGACAAGCUGACCGAGAAGGAGCGAGAAUUUCCUUUAUAUCCAAAAGGAGGGGAGAAGCUCCAGUUUGAAUAUGGAGUCUAUCUUCUCAACAAAAAUAUAGCACAGCUUAGGUAUCAACAUGGGCUGAGUACUCCAGAUCUAAGGCAAACUCUUCCUAACCUGAAAAACUUCAUGGAGCUUGGGCUAAUGGUUAGAUGUGAUCGACACCACACAUCCAACGCGAUUCCCGUUCCAAAGAGACAGAGCUCCAGCUUUGGCAGAUUGGAUCUUGGCUUUUCCAGUGGGCUUCCUUCUCCAGAUAAAGGACUCCGAAAACGAGCCAGCACAGGAAAUGAAAGACUGCAGCACAAAACUCCUCCUCCUAGCUACAACUCUGCUUUCACCCAGCCCCUCGCCGGCACCGCCCGCGCAGGAGAGCUCCAGAAAAAACCUGCCUCCAUAUCUUCCUCCUUGGAUACCUCCAUGGACUCCUCAAAAGGAAAUACCAAGAAAGGGGAGAACUUGUCCAGCAGUUUAAAUGGAGAAAACAAUACCCAAGACCAGCAGGAGCCUUUCCUAGGACACAGCAGUGCAAUAAAUGGUGACUGCUCUGGCACCACCACCAGCACCGAGCAGCCCUGUGAGUUCCGUCCCUCCCCGGCUCCCGUCCUCUGCUGCACCGUGGAGCAAGCGGAGGAGAUCAUGGGGCUGGAAGCCACAGGGUUCAGCACAGGAGAUCAGCUGGAAGACUUUAACUCCAUCCCAGUGGAGCAUGCUGUGGCAGUGGAGUGUGAUGAACAAGUCCUAGGGGAGUUUGAGGAGUUCUCUCGGAGGAUCUAUGCACUGAAUGAGAACAUGUCCAGCUUCCGCCGGGCGCGCAAGAGCUCCGACAAGUGA